UUUUAAGGAUUUAGGGCUUUACAAUUCAUCUCUCUUCUCUUCACUUGAGAGCUUAUCUUUUUUAUUUAUUUUUCCCUUCAAUAUUCCUCACCCCUCUGUGGAAUGUGAAGGAUAUUUGAUUCAAUUACCAAACUUGUAGCUAUUAUUCCGGAGUGAUUGUCGGAUAAAUAUUGCAUUUUAUUUUUGAUUUUAUCUCUCAGUGUUUUGAGCUUCAUUUUAGUACAGAUUUCAGACUGGUUUUACUCAAAAUUAUCUGAAAAAAAAUGAAGAAUUGAACUUCAUUUGUGUGAGUUUAACAGCUUAGUGGAAGUAAACAGUGAUCUUUGGUAUUUGUGCAGCAAAUGGGGAUGAUUCAAUGGAAGUUUUUAGGGUUUUCUGAUUGUUCUGUUUGAUUUUGGGGUUCAAGAAGGUUGAAGCAGAAUCACAUUUCUGGUUUCAGAAGCAGAGAUUUUUGGUUUUUUUUUCUUCUUGUUAACACUGUUGAGAGUGUUCUGAUUUCUCGGCUUUACCCAAGACCAGGUAUUUUCACAACUUUUACUUUAUUAGUCCAAAAAAAAAGAAGAAAAAUUUGGAGAUAAGAAUCAGAACUUUAAGACUAAUGAGGAACAAUUAGGGUUUGGGUUUUUGAUUUCAGAGAUGAAAUGAGUGAAAAAGAAUCAACUUUUGUUCUUUAUUUGUACUCGUUGAAAUAAUUCUUCUUUUUUGUGAAGGGGGAUAUUAAAGGGGAAAAGACUCUCUAGGUUUAUUAGGUUCACAACGGUUGAAAGCUUUAUACUAAGAGAUUUUUUCUUUUUACUUGAGAUAUCCGUUGGUUGGUUUCAUUUACAGAGGGAUUUUACUUUACUGAGAUCUGAUUAUGAUGUUUGAGAAGAGUAAUCAAUAAGCAUUCUUUGGUUAAAUUGAUUGUUUUGGUUGAAUCAACUGUUGAAAGAAGUUCUUUUACUUUUGAAGCAUCAAUGGGGCUUUAUGGAAGUCUCUUGAUGCUUCUUCUUCUUCUUCCAUUGAUGUUAUCAGUGAAAAUUCAAGCUCAAUCUUCUGAAUCACCUAGUACUUCUGCAAGAUCACUUGAUAGACUUCUUCAAGAUUAUGCUUAUAGAGCUUUUAUUAACCCUAAAACAGGUCUUCCGUAUGAUGGAGAAGUUCCUUCGAAUUUGACUGGUAUUAAGAUUUCUGCAUUGAGACUCAGAAGUGGAAGUUUGUAUAAAAGAGGUGUUGAUAACUAUAAGGAAUUUGAAAUCCCUGUUGGUGUGACUGAGAAACCUUAUGCUGAGAGACUUGUUCUGGUUUAUCAAAACUUGGGUAAUUGGUCUUUAAGUUAUUACCCGUUACCUGGUUAUACAUUUCUAGCUCCAGUUUUGGGUCUUCUUGCUUACGAUGCGAGAAAUCUAACUGCAACGAAUUUGCCUGAAUUGAAUCUAACUGCUUCAGAUAAACCCAUUUUGAUUAAGUUUCAAGAUGUGAACUCAGUUCCAAUUGGAUCAACUCCAAAGUGUGUUUCAUUUGAUUUACAAGGUUCGCCAUUGUUCAGCAAUGUAGUAUCAGAAAAUGUAUGUUCCACAUUUACACAAGGGCAUUUCUCUAUUGUGAUCGCAUCAGUUGCUCCAGCUCCGGCACCUGUAACUCCGUCUCCUCCCAGGCCAAAGAUUGGUGGAGGGAAGAAAAAUAACAGCAGAAUUUGGAAGAUUGUUGGUUCUGUGAUUGGUGGAGUAGCUUUGUUAGUUCUGUUAUGUUUUUUGGUAACUUGCAUAAGCAGAUAUAACAAAAGGAAGAAGAUUCAGCAAAUGGAAACUGCGGCUGAAGUUGGGGAAGCACUGCACAUGACAUCGAUUAGGGAUACAAGGGCACCAACAGCAAUGGGAACAAGAACGCAGCCAGUUCUCGAACAUGAGUACGUCCCUUAGAUUAUCAGCAUUGCAUAAUGUGGGAACAAGAACACGGCCAGUCCUCAAGCAAAGUACGUUCCUUUGAAAUUCGAUUUGUAAAUGCAAACCCCACCAUUCUUCGUUUAUCAUUUUAGUUUACCCACAUUCAUAUUCUUAGUUCAAUCAAUGAUUUUAACAUAUAUUUCUUCUUAGUUAUGUUCUCCUCCUAUCUAUGUUGGUUAGUUGUUUUGCUUGAAUCGUUAGUGUGAAGUGUGUAAUUUCAAAAACUAUCAAAUGUGGAUAUAAUCUCUACUCAUUAGAAUGAAAUGUAUAAUGAGUGUACAGUGGGCUGAAAAAUAGACCAUCCAAUCUUAUGAAUGUCGUCAAUACAUUCUGCUUAGUGGUUCUCAUGAUUUUGAUUUAUUCAUCUUAUUUUAGUG